AUGCAGAAGAGCAUGCAUUUUCGUCCACUCAUAUUUCACGUCAUGAUGGUCACCAUCAUCCUGUACAUGUACACGGACAUGAACACGGACAUCAUCACGAUCAUCACGUUGAUUAUUAUACUCAUCCCAAGUAUGAAUUUGAAUACAAGGUGGAAGACCACCACACAGGUGACAUUAAGUCACAACACGAGCAUCGAGAUGGGCACAAUAGUGAGAGUGGAUAUUCCUGGCACGAUCCCCAUGGAUCCGUUAAGCGCCGUGCUGGCAGUGUCGGCAGCUGGCCUUUUACCCCAGCCUCACUACUCAUCGGCAGCAGCUGUCUCCUCCCAAAGCAUCCUGCGUCAUGACCAGCCCCAGGCUAUUCGAGCGGCUCCCUUAGGAAUCCACGCUUCUCCCCUCGCUUACGCUGCUCCUGUUGCCGCAUACGCCGCUCCCGCUCGCAUCGCCACCGGCCACGCCGUAUCCUCCCAAAACAUCUUGCGUCAUGACCAGCCCCGUGCCGCUUACGGCAUUGCUCCGUUAGCAUACGCAGCUGCCCCGGUGCGUUACGCCGCGCCCAUCAUCAGUCACGCCGCACCUGCGACGAGACUCAUUGCUACCGCUCAACAUGAGGAAUAUGCUUACCCACGAUACGAUUUCUCUUACUCUGUUGCUGAUGGACACACUGGUGACAACAAGUCCCAGCAGGAAAGCCGCGACGGUGACGCCGUUCACGGCGAGUACUCGCUCCUGGAGGCUGACGGUUCGGUGCGCAGAGUACAAUACACCGCAGAUGACCACAACGGCUUCAACGCAGUAGUCAGCAACUCAGCCCCCGCGCGCCAUGUUGCCCCUGCCCCCGUCAUCCUCGCCCAUCAU